GGGAUGGGAACGGGCGCUGAAUAUUGAUGAGGGAGUCUGCUCGCGCGGAGCUGUGCGGUGGCGGCUCCGGGGGGGAGACUCGGCGGCUGAUGGGAGCGUCUCAGAGCUCGGAGCUUCCCGGCGGCAGGACCGAGGGCUUCCAUGUGCUGCGGGUGCAAGAGAACUCCCCAGGCUACUGGGCCGGCUUGGAACCUUUCUUUGAUUUUAUUAUCUCCGCCGGUGAUGCUCGGUUGGAUAAAGAUGACAAUACGUUAAAGGAACUGUUGAUCGUCAGUGUGGAGAAGGCCCUGAAAAUGACUGUUUACAACACCAAGACGCAGGCAGUGCGGGAAAUUACCGCGACUCCCAGCAACCUGUGGGGUGGCCAGGGGCUGCUGGGCGUCAGCAUUCGCUUCUGCAGCUUUGACGGAGCUAACGAAAAUGUCUGGCAUGUGCUGGAAGUGGAGCCCAACUCCCCUGCUGCUCUGGCGGGAUUGAGGCCGUAUACGGAUUACAUCAUCGGAGCAGAAGCCAUCCUCCGUGAGUCUGAAGACUUGUUCUCUUUGAUCGAAUCGCACAACGGAAAGCCACUAAAGAUCUAUGUGUACAACACAGACACAGACAAUUGUCGGGAGGUGAUUAUCACGCCUAACAGUGCAUGGGGUGGAGAGGGCAGCCUGGGCUGUGGAAUCGGCUAUGGUUAUCUUCACCGGAUACCUAUCCAGCAGCACCUCCCGGAGAAAAAGGCAUCGGUGGUUCCCAGAGCUAGCCUGCCAUCGAGCCCUGCUGUCAGCCCCCUGAGAGAUGGGUUCAUCAAGGUUCCUUUUUCAGCUCCCAGCGCUCCUUUGAUGAGCAGCAUUCCCACUGCCCUGCAGCACGAGCUGAGCGGACUCCGGCUUGCAACGACCUCCCCCCCGGUAACAGGCUCAAUAAGUGUCCCACUGCUUCCUUCUCCAAUGAGCGAACCUUUCACUGUGUCAUUAGCCAAUGCAGCCAUCACCAGUACAGUGCCAGGUCUGAUAACUGCACCACCCGCUCUUACCAACCUACCAAACUUUCCAAACCUCAACUUGCCUUUCCCUAACCUUCCAAUGGGGACAAUAGCCGGAUUAGGGGGGAUUCCCAUGACCACAGGUUCGGCCCACUGCUCAGCGUCACACCCACAUUUCUCCCCCGCCAUCCCCAGUGUGCCCCCCGCCUGCUCCACAGCGCCCUCACUGAGCCUCGGCCCCUCUGCCCCAUCACAGACGGUCACAGCCUCCUUCCACUCCCACUGGAGCCCGGUGUCGGAGCCGCCAUCGCCCGCACUCGCCCAGGAAUAACCUCCGGCCAACAACCGGGGGGAGGGGGUGCCGAAAAACUGUCUUCCACACUACACGUUAGUGACAAACCUCGGCAGAUUGGGGGUGUGUGUUUUUGUUUCAACACUAAACUACAGAGGCAAGGAGUAGGGGGGAAAGGGGGUUUGCACCCCAACCUACACACAGUAUCACCCAGAUUCUAACUUGAGUAGAAUUGUCGUAACCCCACAACCUCGCUCUUUUCCCCCUCUGCCUCCCCCCUCACGACCUAGUUAAAUAAAGACCGUAGCAAUAUGUAUGUAUGUCUGUAGACGUCACAGUAUGACAAUCAUUAUGACACACGCAGUUAACUUCACAAAUAAGUGCAUAACUUGAUAGAAUAGGUAGCUAGAAGCAGAAUUGUGAACUAAAACUAGAACUGCAAUAAUCUUGAUUCCUUCCCUCUCGCUCGCUCACUCCCCAUUGUAGGAGCACUUUAGUGUAUAAUCCGUUGGAUGAACACGAUUCCCCUCCCCUUGGGUUGAGCGCAUGCUUUAGCACUAAUUGGUCCUCUUUUGCAUGUUAACAAGUUUCUUUUCAAAAGGAUAUUUUGUACAAUAAAUAAAAGUGUUUUUUUUUAAUAUGGUUUUAGGAAACAUGGGCAGAGAGUGUUUAGUGCUUAAGCCAGGGUGGUCCAACUGGCGGCCCCCCUUCCCUCCAUUUCAUCUGGCCAC